AUGGCGGAAGAAGAAAAAGUAGAAUUACAACAACUCAAACACGAAAACCAAGAUCUUCCACAAGUGCUUGUUCUUGGUUCUCCAACGUGCUUACAAACCUUAAAACAACUCUACUCUCACAAAUUCCGUUUUCUUAUCCCAAACACUUCGUUGGACUCACUCUACCCUCUCACCGCUCCACUUUCAUCCAUCUCCGCCGUCAUCUGCAGUGCUUCCUUCUCCCUCACCGCCCCCGUCCUCCGCCUCCUCCCCUCCCUCCGACUAGUCGUCACCACCAGUGCCGGCACCGAUCACAUUGACCUCAAUGAGUGUGGCUGCCGAGGGAUACAGAACAUGUCUUCAUUUGCAAGCUUCACUUUGAAAGCAAUAACGCAUUGA